AUGGCGUCAACACUAGAAAAUCUAGAAGGUCAACUCGAAUUAUUUAUUGAAAAUGUACGACAAAUACGUAUUAUUGUAAGUGAUUUUCAACCUCAAGGACAGAAUGUACUUAAUCAGAAAAUUCAAACUUUGGUAAGCGGACUGCAAGAAAUAGACAAACUAAAAUCUCAGGUCCAAGAUGUUCAUGUGCCCUUGGAAGUAUUUGACUACAUUGACCAAGGUAGAAAUCCGCAACUUUAUACAAAGGAUUGUAUCGAAAAGGCUUUAACGAAAAAUGAACAAGUCAAGGGGAAGAUUGAUGCUUAUAGAAAAUUCAAGGCUAGAUUGCUUGCUGAAUUGAAUCAAGUGUUUCCAAAUGAACUUGCUAAAUAUCGUGCUAUCCGUGGUGAUGAGUAA